AUGAUGAACCGUUUGAUGCUAGCCUCUUUGGCGAUUACCUCUGUCCAGGCAUGCGACAUCAUCCCCAAUGUCACUCAUACCUUCUUCGGAUUCCCCGAUAACCAGACUCCCGGCCCGAUCAUCGCCUUUAAUUGUGGCCGCGGACUUGUCGCCGGCGGUGUCGGCACGUUCGAUGAUCCGCUAACCUUUGCCUCUGCCCCCGGACUAUUCUCCCCGUGCGAGGUCAUCUUCGACCCGUUCCUACGCAAAUUCCUCCGGUUCGAGGACAUAUGCGCCCAGUGCGUUGCGGACUUUGAAGCUGGAAUCCCGCAUAUCGACGUCUGGAUAGGCAGCAACGAAACCGACGGCGGGCAGGCCCAGAUUGACUGCGAGAUGAGCUUGACCCCCGCAGUCCCCCAAUCCAUCAUCCGCAACCCCAAUGCGAAUUUGAGGGUGGACACUACGCCCCUGUUUGUGCCUGGGGCCAACCAGCCCUGCAAUGUCAACAACAUUUUCCCGGAUGCAAACCCAGCCGAAUUCUGUUAG